GCAGGGCGGGGGAGUCUGAAUGGUGAGGGAGAACCCUGCUCCUUCUUAAGCACCAGCCCGUCAAGCCAGGGCUCCAGUGCCCGCCAGCCGGCCAGCUGUCCUGUCCCGCCAGAGAGGAGCCGGGGAGCCCCCACCUGCACCCUCACCUGCCAUGGCCGACCAGCUGACAGAGGAGCAGGUGGCCGAGUUUAGGGAGGCCUUCUCCCUGUUUGACAAGGACGGGGAUGGCAGCAUCACUACCCAGGAGCUGGGCACUGUCAUGCGGGCCCUGGGUCAGAACCCCACACAGGCCGAGCUCCAGGCCAUGGUCAGUGAGAUCGACCAGGACGGCAACAGCACCGUGGACUUCUCUGAGUUCCUGGGAGUGAUGGCCAGGAGGAUGAAGGACAGGGGCAGCGAGGAGGAGAUCCGGGAGGCCUUCCGUGUGUUCGACAAGGACGGCAACGGCCUGGUCAGCGCGGCGGAGCUGCGACACGUGAUGACCAGGCUGGGGGAGAAGCUGAGUGACCAGGAGCUGGAGGAGAUGAUACGGGCCGCGGAUGUGGAUGACGACGGGCAGGUCAACUACGAGGAGUUCGUCCGCAUGCUGGUCUCCAAGUGAGGGGCUGGCGGGGCGGGGCGGGGCGCUGCAGCCCCACCAGCCGUCCCAGCAGGCGCCACUGUGCUGGGGGUCUGCCUCUGCCUGUUGCAAGAGCCCCAGGCCUCGCAUUGCUUGCUCCACCCCUCCAGCUUCCUCCCGCACUGCUGCUUCUCAGGCAAGGCGGGGUCAAUUCCCCUUUCUACAUCUCAUUUUGUCUCCUCUGUCCUGCCAACACCCCCCAACCUCUUCUUACCAAGAAUGCCACAGGCCGCUCCCAAACCCAGCAAACCCUAAGUGUUUCUGCCCCUCAGGAGUAGAAAGAGAAGUGACAUCAGUCUGCAUGGACAACAGACAGAAGGAUCAGUAAAAGUUGCACUGACUGUUCUGUGGGAAGGGAGCAGUGUGACAUCACCGAGCCCUCUGGGCCCAGGGACCAGGGCGGCUGUGGCCCUCAGACUUCAUGUGCUGCUGGAUUCUGACAGGUGAGAGGCAUCUCGCCUUGGUGUGGGGAUGGUGACAAAAACUGACAAUAGAGACCAGGCCUCCUGAAAGACAGCACGGCACCUGCCUGUUCCCUCAGCCUUUGCCAAAUGGCUGUGAUUCAUCUUUUGAAAUUGGGAGUAAAACCAGGGUCAGUUGUAACACGUCUGUAUUCAUGUUCUUGGAGGGAAAUUCGAAUGAAAGAGAGAGGGAAGCCAGAGGGGAAUAAAUAAAAUGCUCGUGUACCCGUGAUGUUUCUUUUCUUCUGGU